UAUCAAGUCCCAGAUCCUUCCCAGGGAUCUGGGGUUGGCAGAGGUGGUUGUUUGAUGGCGUUAGAAAUAAUGUGGCAGGAUGUAAGCUGUUCUUGACUAAUGCUGCCUUUCGCAAUUGACCGAUUGGGGAUUUUGUCAUUGCCGGUGAUGAUAUUAUGCUUUGUCACAUGAUGUUCAGACUGGUCUUGGCAUUUUGGUCCACCUACCAAGUCCUUCUCAAGGACCUGACAUGUGUGGAAUUUUAAUAGUGUUAAAGGUAGCAUCACUGGAUGUAAACUGUUUUGAAUAAAGCUGCCUUUCGCAAUUGACCGGUGGAGAUUUGUAUUAUUCGGUUUUUAUCAAAUUCCCCCCUUCUCCGUUACAGUGGAUGAAGAGGACGAAUACGAGUGCAUGAGCGUCCUGAAUUCUCACACACAGGAUGUGAAGCAUGUUGUCUGGCAUCCUAACCAAGAGCUGCUGGCAUCUGCCAGUUACGAUGACACAGUCAAGCUGUAUCGGGAGGAGGAAGAUGACUGGGUGUGCUUCAGCACCUUGGAAGGCCAUGAGUCCACAGUGUGGAGCUUGGCCUUUGACCAGAGUGGAGAAAGGCUGGCUUCCUGUAGUGAUGACAAAACCGUGCGCAUUUGGCGCCAGUUUAAGCCAGGCAAUGAGCAAGGCGUGGCCUGUAAUGGCACCGAUCCCAUUUGGAAGUGUGUUUGCACCCUCUCUGGUUUCCACACGCGGACCAUCUACGACGUGGCAUGGUGCCACCUGACAGGUGCCUUAGCCACCGCCUGCGGAGACGACGCCAUCCGGGUGUUUGAAGAAGACCCCCUCUCGGAUGCUCAUCAGCCCACCUUCUCCUUGACUGCCCACGUGGCCCGAGCGCAUUCUCAGGAUGUGAACUGCGUUGCCUGGAGCCCCAAGGAGCCGGGCUUGUUGGCUUCAUGCAGCGACGAUGGAGAAAUGGCCUUCUGGAAGUAUCAGCGUCCAGAGUCUUGCUGAAUAUCUUGUUCACCUCCAGGGUUGGGUAUUCAGGAGCACUAGAUUUCCCCCAGAAAAAGCAACUAAACAUCCUACCAAUUGCUUGAACGUGUGGUCGUUAUUUCCAUCCUUUCUGGAGAACUGCACUUCCCUAGGUGAGAACUUAACUCUUUAAAAGGAAAACACUGGAUUUAACUAAGAGGAGAUCCGAUUUGUUUUCUUUGGUAUGGAUCCAGCCAAGGUAAGACUGCACUGAAGGUGGAUUUGCAAGUUAUGUCCGAAGGGAACCUGGGAAAGCUUUCUUAUCCCUUCUACUCCGGCUCCAGUAAGUGAAAUCAUAGGCGUGAAAUGUUGGUUUCUAUUUAAAACCAGCCAAAGGGAAAGAGCCAUCUGGACAUCUAUAACAUGAAUAAAAUAGAACAUCUGC